GUAUUUCAUUGGUUGAAAAUUUCGAAAGUGCCAACCUAACGAAUGCUGUAUUAAUUUGGCUAUGUUGUCAGAAUUAUUACCAGUUGUGUAGGCAGGUAAAAUUCGUCGCUUUGCUGAGCAGAAUUUAUUUUUCUUUAAUGGUUUUGAAGACGAAAAUGGGAUUGCAAUACUUAGAAUAAUACCAAGAAAAUUAUACUUCAACUUCAUAAUACUAAAUGUGGUCAAUAAUGUUUUGCAAAAGAUAAUUUAAACUUCUGUAAUGAAUUCAUUAAUGUUUUGGAGGUCGAGAAAUGGAUAGGCAGCAGACUAGUGCACUUCAAAACUUUGACGAUCCGAAAACAGAUAUAUUAAAAAAAAGAUUAUUAAAGACAUCUAACACAAACGUUAGUGGUGUUUUUUCACAAAACAGUUCGCAGAAUGUACUGUUGAACACAUUGCGCGCGCCAAUCUCGAGCAGUAUGAUCGUGUCUUCGAUGCAGGCGCCACAGAGCUCGAUGCCGAUCACUCAUAAUUUAGUAACUCAUUCAAUAGCUCCUGUAAAGAUUCAUGCAAAUAAUUCUCCUUAUCCCCUUCAGUUGUCUACUGUACAUGUGCCAGUGCAAAUACCAGGAUCUACUUCUAACAUAAAUGUUCCUGUUCAGCUCUCAGCAGCUACAAACUCUAUGCCAUUACAAAUAACACCUGUCAGUCUCCCACUACAAGUUUCCGGUACAACUAAUGUUCCAGUCCAGUUACCAGCAGGAGAAACAAUAAAUGUGCCACUGCAGUUACCACCAGUCAGUCAAAAUAUUCAAAUAGGUGGACAAGCAUUGCCUCCUAUGCCACUGUUACAAAACGCACACAGUUCUAUAUUUCAUGUUCACAUGGGUUCAAACACAAGACCACAUAAUAUUGAUGUAAAUUCUGACAUGAGUGUGUCAAGUUCGACUCAGCCUUAUCUUCCUGACUCGACAGUUCAAGUCAAAAUGAAUAAUCAAACAUCAGUAGGUCAAGUUGUGUCAAAUUCUGGUAUGGUCCAAAUACCAAAUACAUCACACAGUUCAAUACAAUUGUCAUUGCCAAAUACUGCUAAUUCCGGAACAGUGCAGCUCCGAGGUGGGCCGAGAAGUGUGCCACAUGUUGUGUACAUACAGACACCCACUGGAUUGAAACCUGUCACUAAUACAGAAGUGAUAAGCCAAGCCAGCACCAGCGGGAACCCACCACAGAUUAUAGUAAGGAGACCGGUUGCUAAUAAUUCAAACAUUCAUUUGAUAUCAAAUGUCAACAAACCCACAAUAUCUCAAAUGCCCAAACCAAAGCCAUCAAUACUGGCACCAGCGAAUGCUUCACAACCAAUUGUUAUCAAACCAAAAUCAAAUGAUAAAAUGAUGGUCCCAGUUAGCAUAGCUCCUGUAACACAAGGCAAACAGGCUAUUGCAUAUUUGGGACCUGUCAAGAAAAAUGCCAAAAAUGCAUCUGAAAAUCAAUCCAUUCUAAUAUCGAGCAAUCAACCAGCUCCUACUUCAAAUAAUCAAAAACUUUUCUUAACUCCAAUGAAUAUGCCCAAAAUAAACAAUACAAAAUUUAUUUUACCAGUCACGUUGCCUGCCACCAUGGCUUCUAAAGGUCCUAUUAUUAAUUUACAAAUAGCUAAUGGCCAGAUACAAAAUGAUCCUCAGGGAAACAUUACUGUUAUGAGAGAUACUGUCCCUUUGGAUACUGAUAUGCCACUUAUGCCUUUUUCCAAUUUGGUAAAUGGUAAAGACAUUGCUAUUUCUCAAAGUACACAAGAUAAAUCAUGUGCCAUAUCAAUACAGGGCUCCCGAGCUGAGCCUACCGGGGAGCAAGGUGAAUAUACUCUGUCCAUACCUGAAACAAAUGCCUCCAUGAACGAUGAUAUUUAUACUGUAUCUAUAGAAGAUGAAGGUGGACAAACACAUGAAAAAUCUUUUACUCUAGCAAUACCAGAGAAAAGUAAGAGCUUAUUAAAUAAAAAUAUUAUUGAUAGAGAUGUCGGGUCACCAGCGGUAGCGGCUCCCGCUAUCCUUCGACGCUCCUACUCUGAUAAUAGUGACAGAAAAGUUUCCAAUGCAAGCAUGAAAAGACGCAUAUCUCUCUGUAAUGAGAAUUUUACAAAGAAACUGAGUAGGGAGACAUUUACUCAAGUAAUAGAAAAGUCGGAAGUACAAGAUUCGGAAAACAAUGACGACCACCGUGUGCCUUCAUUGUUCUGCGACGAGAAGCUUGAAAAAGAACUAGAUAUCAAAAUAAUCACUGAAGAUUCAGACCCUGAAGAUGAUAAAAAUAAAAUAAAACUGAUCCCCGAGGUAAGCGUUAACAUUACGUAUGAAAGCUUAGACGAAGAUAAUUCAAGGAAAGGGCUAGAUAGUAGUGAGCCCACUUCCGAGGAAGAUCCUCCAGGUUUGAUAUGGAAUAAUGGUGUUGCACACUUGCAGGGCAGCGGCCUGCAGUUUCAAACUAAUGAGUUUGGACUAAUUGAUUUGAUAUCUAGCAACAAUAAUGGUAAAGAAGCUAAUGGAGCGAAGUAUAAUUCGCCAAUAAAGCAGAACAGCGCAAGUACUGGCAAGGAGAAGAAGUCCACCUCUCCAGAGGAUAUGUACCGUUGCGAAGUGUGCGGGUGUCACGGCAUGGCGGCGGAGUUCAUCACACCAAAGUUUUGCAGUCUGACCUGCCAAGAAGAGAUGCGGAAGAUUACCCAGAAGAAGAGGGAGAAGGAAAGACUUGAUAAUGCAAAAAAGAGGAAUAAAAUAAAGAAAUUGCUAAUGAGGAAACAAGCAGAUUCAGAUUUGAUACAAGACGGUAAAGAUAAAGUUUCUCCAUACGAUUCAAUGCCCAACGAUAUCCAAAUAUCGGAAGUUCCAUUGCUUCAAAUGACUGAAGACUUCGAAGAUGAGAAAUAUCCUUGGAUGUGCGGUAAAAAUGGCUUCUCAUGGAUGACAUAUUUAGAUAUUUGUAAGGCGAAAGCUGCGCCCGUCAAGUUAUUCAAAGACCCAUUUCCAUACAACCGGAAUGGUUUCAAAGUGGGGAUGCGGUUGGAGGCGAUAGACCCUCAGCAUCCGUCGCUGUUCUGUGUGGUGUCGGUGGCUGAAGUUCAAGGAUACAGGAUGCGACUACAUUUCGACGAGUUUCCUGACGUGUAUGACUUCUGGGUGAAUGCAGACUCAAUAAACAUAUUUCCCCCGGGCUGGUGCGAAAAGAAUGGUCGAGUUCUAAACCCACCUGCUGGCUACACACCCUCCUCCUUCUUUUGGCCCUUAUACCUGAAGAAACUGAAGGCUGUUGGUGCACCAAAGCAUCUGUUUCCACAUCUUACUAGUACGAUGGUGAAGCCUAACGGUUUCCGUAUCGGCAUGAAGCUGGAGGCAGAAGACGUGCACAACGAGAUGGUGUGCGUGGCGAGCGUGGCCGACAUGCUGGACCACCGGCUGCUGGUCAGCUUCGACAGCUGGGACCACGGAUACGACUACUGGGCCGACCCCACCUCGCCGCACAUACACCCCGUGGGCUGGGCCGAGGACCACGGCUACAACCUCACGCCGCCCAAUGACUACAAGGAGACAGUUACAUUCAGCUGGGAGACAUACCUGGCGGAGACGGGCGCCGUGGCCGCGCCCCCGCGAGCCUUCCGCCCCCGACCCCCGCAGGGCUUCAAGCCCGCCAUGAAGCUCGAGGUGGUCGACCCCAGGGUGCCGUUCCUGAUCCGCGUGGCGAGCAUCAGCGAGGUGAAGGGUCACCAAGUGCGCGUCACCUUCGACGGCUGGCCCGACACGCUCUCCUGCUGGCUCAGCGACGACUCGCCCGACAUGCACCCCGUCGGCUGGUGCCUCAAGACCGGCCACCCCCUCGAGCCGCCCCUCACGGAGGAGGAGCGCAGCGUGAGCGGGCCGUGCGGCGUGGGCGGGUGCCGCGGGCUGGGGUCUGCGCGGGGCGGCGCGCACAAGCAGCACGCCGCCGCCGCCGCCUGCCCCUACCGCACGCGCGCGCCGCUCGACCCGCCCGACAGGCUCGCACCACGAGCUAACAAGUCCAACAAGGUGCAAGUACGCAACAGCACGCCCACCAGCGACGCGCCCAAAGAAAAGUUACCUCGCGGUCGACCGCCGAAGCACAAACGCGUUGAUGUUAUGAAAAAUGAGCAUUGUUCCGACGAGGAUUCGUCAGUGAGCGCGGGGUGCGGCGGCAAGCGGUGGCGGGGCGGGGGCGGGGGCAGCGAGCGGGGCGGCGCGCGCGCGGAGGGCGGGGCGUGGCCGCGCGCGCUGCUCGCCGCACACAUCUCGGAGCUCGCGCUCUCACACGACCCCGUGUCCUGGUCUCAAAGCGAGGUGGAGGCGCUGGUGGGGCGCGUGGCGGGGCGCGGCGCGGGCGCGGCGGCGGCGGGCGCGCGGCUGUCGGGCGCCGAGCUGCUGAUGGCGUCGUGCGAGGAGCUGGUGGCGUGCCUGCGCCUGCGCCUCGGCCCCGCCGUCAAGGUGUACUCCGCCGUGCGCCAGCUGCGGGACUCGCUCACCUGACCCUCCGUCGCCUGCCACGCCAUCACUGUCUUUCUGUAAACACUACAGACCAGUGUGGCGCAACACUAAUAUGGACUGGUGUUGACUGUUCACCCACCGAAGUGUUGACACUUUAUAAUGUUCGUACAACACGGCUUUUAUGCCACGAAUAAGUUUAAACUCCCGAUAUUACGGACAGUUUUAUUUACUAACUAGAAAAUUUAUUUGACAAUUACAGUAAAGAAUAACGGUUUUGUUUCUUUAAGUGUUAUCCUGUUCCGGGAUGUGUUUAUCAAAGUGAUGUCUAAACAGUUUUUUUGUGACAAGUGAGGAUUAUUUUUGGAACACAAUUUUGACAAUUAAAUUUUGUGAAAAUGCUGUAGUGAAGUGUUAAAAUUCGCCAUUAUUUUAAUGAACUAUUUAGAAACUGUGCAAGUGUUCAGUCAAUGUUUGAACAGUAACACUAUUUAUGUUAAAAUUGACAAACUUUAGUGAUGUGAAUUUCUUCAGGUGGUUAUUUGACAUUUUAAAAUGUAUUCCUUGCUCAUUUUACUUUUUAAACUAUUAACUUAUUGAAAUAAUUUCAAAUGGAUAAAAUUAGUAUAAGUGUUGUAUGGAAAGAUACAUAUCCUGUGUUACCAUCUCAACAAAGUAUUUUGAAAUGUAAAUUGACAAGAGAUGGACAGUAAUCCACAUGCCAGUAAGUGGCAUACUUGCAUGCAUAUUUAUUUUUGUGACAUGUAAAUGAAGGAAGCUGGAAUGCCGGCUACCAUCCAUCCAUUUUACAGGCAUGUGUAUUUCCGCCCAUAUUCUAGUAAAUGUAGUAAAUUAAAUGUAAAAUGAGUUAAAACGACUGCUUGAAGACUGCUUCUGUGCUUAUAUUAAAAUAAUAUUGAAUGUUUUAAAUUAUGGUAUAAAAUAGUUGAAUUGUGUUAGAAUGGAUUAUAUAUUUCAUUGAUAUUAUGAUAUAUUUACGAUUAAAAAGUCAAUUUGUUGACAAUAUUACUAAUUUAAGUUGAAUUUAUUUGCAUAGUUCUAUGAUCAAAAUUAGCACAAAAAUAAUUGAUAAACAAAUACCGAGGUUGUGAUCAAACAUUUUUUUUUAAAUAUACAUGUCACAAGUAUAUCAUGUGUAUCACAUACCUUAUUUUAAAGAACAAUUUAAUAUUUUGACUUAAUUUAUAGACAUUCAGAUGUUAAUGGCCUCUAUGUAAACUAUUGUAUGUUCACCUUGCAUGUUUUCUUAAUUAAUUUUAUAAAUAUUAAUUUCUAUGUGAAUUUGUAGAAAACACUAGAAAAAAUAUCCGUAAAUGUUGGUUACUUAAACACACAAUAGUUUAUGUAGGCAUCAUCAAUGUAUGGAAUUGGAUUAUGAUGUAUUUGUUUCAUACAUUCAAACCCAUACAUUUGGUGAGGUUAAGUUAAUAUUAGUAAUGUUCUUGUUUAGCCAAACCAAAGAAGGUGAAAUAAAUAUGUACUUUGUUUUUGUAAAUAUAUUGAGUUUUCUUAAUGUAAAUAAUUAUGAAAAAGUGCAAUUUAGUUCAUUAUGUUGAUUAGGCCAAUUGAAUUGGGAGGUCUUAGAUGUUACAUAAUAAACUGUUUGUAAAUAAUUUCGUAAAGAUGAAACUUCCAAGGAGUUGUGAAUAAAGGAUUUUUCUCUUAUUGAGAAUAGUAUUUCUUUAUGUUGCCAAUUUUUAUUUAUUUCAUGAAAUUAAUAUUAAGUUAUUUGUAUAGUUUUAGUUAAUAUUUUUAAUUAUGUCUUUUAGAAAAUCCGAUAAAACAAAAUAUUAAUAGAUUGUAGAAAUGUAGUAAAUAUAGCACAAGUUUUCAUCCAAGGUGGUAAAACAUUUGAGCAGUUUGACGGCCGAACAUUGGAACGACAUUUGUUUCGUAUUAAACGUUAUAUUAACUCAUUUAUAAAAGUUAUCUUUAGCUUAUUAAAUAUGUUUUUAUUUAUGAACAAUAAAUCAAACUUGAAAUUGUGAGCUCGUAUUGUUGCGUAUUUCAUUAAGAGUUUUGUAAAUAAAAAAAAUGUUUGUAUAGGUGACACUAUUUUUGCAGUGGCCAUGUACAAAUUUACGAGUAAUAUAGCUUAAGUUUUUACACGUGUUUAGCUGUAAGGAGAGUGCCAUUUCACAGGCACUAUCUAUUCUAAUCCGUUGUUCAAUAAUUUAAUAAAAACAUUAAAAUA